CAGCUCUGACCUGCAGACUUCAUGAUGGCUCCUCUCUCCAUCCAGUCUGGGCUGAAUUACGCCAAAACGCUGCUGCCAGAAACUCUGAAGAGGUCCGUGUCCACGGUCCACACCACCAUCUCUCUCCACAUCCUGCCAUCCCCUCAGCCUCGCUGCUAUAAAGUCUGCACCCACAGCCGGCGGCGGCGCAGGAGCCUGGUGGCGUCUACGCUUCCUGAGCUGCUGGAGCAGGCAGCGAGGGUCUUCAUGCUGUCUUGCUGUAACCUCCUGACUCUGGUCCUGGAGGAGGACGGCACUGUGGUGGACUCGGAGGAGUUCUUCGUUCUCCCAAGCUUCCGAGAGCCGAAGAAGAAAGCGAUUGCAAAGCUGACCUUUGACCUUUAUAAAGUGCACCCUAAAGACUUCCUGUGCUGCCUGGCCGUCAGAGCAACGCUGUACGAGGUCUACACGCUGUCCUACGACUUCAGAUGCACUCGAGUCAAACAGGUCCUCAGGUCCGUCCUGCGCUGCAUCACCUGUCUGACCAGAAUCACCGGGCAGCUGCUGCUCUGCACGUCCUCCUCACUGCUCCAGUUCACCACAGACGAUGACGACGGCAGCUAGAGUCCUCGUUAACGCCAGCGCCACCCUGAGGAUGGAUGGACUCCUCCGCAUGUUUGGGGCUCAGGCUGAU